AUGUUAAUUUUACGAAAUCUAGUCUGUAUAAGUAUGUUUUUUAUUUCAGCUUUUCCUUUCGAAAUUUUAAAAAUUGCCUCCUUUUCGAACAUUUUGUGAUUGAAGUGCUAAAUUUAAAAAUUGCUCGAAAUUAAUUUAUAAAUUUUGCCGCACUCAACAGUUGUUAGAACCAAUCGGUAACGUGAAGAACCCGGUCUGUGACUUAACCUUACUUUUGUUCAAAGGUGUUUGUUUACGUAUGUUGUUUUGGGAUUUAGUUUAGUCGACGCAGGUGAUGCGUCGCCGUUACGAUGCUAAAUGGCAAAAAUGUAAAAUGGAAAAUUCAAUAAUUAGUUAAUUAAAGAUGUUUUAGUUUGGAAAAUUACGGUUACAAUAUGUUUUAAAAAAGUAAUAUAUCAGCGGGUAGUGUGCGGAUGUUCGAUAAUAAUUAAUGCCGGGUAAAAUUAGGUUCAACGGCAAGUAAACACGGGACGAGAUAAAAGAACGCAAUGGCGUUCGUGUCGCGUCCGGUCCCGUGCGAGUUCCUCGAGUGACGGACAUUUUCGGGCGACCUGUCCGACGAUGCGUCCGCCGGAGGAUGCGUGAACGCAAGAUCCGGUGGCAGGCGCCGCUUUUCUUCGCCGUCCCGAUCUGCUUGUGCGUAUUUUGGCACACCAGGUGCCUGACGUCGGCGCCGCGAUCCGACUUCCCCGCGUUUUCGAAGCGCUACGCUUCCGGGAUACGAGCCCACCGGCGAAACUACUCGCACGACCUGGACCGACUCUCCGCCGACGACUACUCCCGACUCGUCGACAUCGACUUCACGUUUACGGUCUUGAAUGGCGACUGCGACGAGCGGGUUUUCCUGUUGGUGCUCGUGCACUCGUCGCCAGGCAAUUUCGAGAGGCGACGCGUCGUGAGAGAGACCUGGGGCGGACUCGGGCCGAACACGACGCUAGUUUUCCUGUUGGGAAUGGUAGAGUCCGAUCUCGUGCGAGCCGCGUUGCGCCGCGAGAACCUCGCGCAUCGAGACCUCAUCCAGGGCGACUUUCUAGACGUUUACCGCAACCUAACCUAUAAACACAUGAUGGGGCUCAAGUACGGGUUGUACCACUGUCCCCGCGCCAAGUACAUCCUCAAAACCGACGACGACGUCUUCGUCAACGCUCCCCUGUUGCGCAACUCGCUCGCGAACGAUUUGUCGGACGGCGGCGCCGUCGGCGUCCUCCUGUGCAACCCGAAGGGGAGGAGCGCGGUGCUCAGGUCGUACCGGUCCAAGUGGAGGGUCGGGUUCGACGAGUACCCGGACAGGGAGUACCCGAGUUACUGCAUGGGCUGGGCUAUAGUGUACAGCCCGGACGUGGCGUUUGGCCUGUACGAGACGGGACAGCGUACCCGGUACUUUUGGAUAGACGACGUCCACGUGACCGGCACGCUGGCCUUGGAAAACGGUUUCUCGCACGCGGACUUGCGCGAUUUCGUGAUAUCCGCGGACGAUUUGAGCGACCUGGUGCGGUACGGAACGAACCCCGGAAAAAAGUUCCUGUUCGGGCGGCCCGAUCUGGGCGAGACGGAGAUACGGGCCUUGUGGAGGUUCGUGGCGGAACGGGAGGCGCCCGCGUCCGCCUUCGACGAUCCCUAACCUCCAAAUAAUAGUCUUUUCGAAAUAAACGUUCGUAGAUUGUCGUUUUAUGAAUUUCGUUUGUUAAAAGCGUGUAACGGACGAUGCAACAAAUUAUUAAAAGGACGGCAUUAUUAAUAUAAUUGCGUAGGCUUUCACGGCCAGCGUCAUAAUUUGCUAGAUUUUCCGGACUGUUAAUCCGUGGUCCAUUAGUUUUGCUACCAAAACUUUCAGCUGCUACUGCGGUAGCCAUCUUCGGUGAAACGUAGAUUGUAGCGCGACGACUGUAGCGGUACUGCUGCCGAUUGUCGAAGUCGUAGGUACCUGUUUCGAACCGCUGGGACGGACAGCGGACCGAACGGUCGUUUGAGCGUCCGGCCCCCCCCACCGUAUUGUUAGUAUAAGGUUUUGUUUGCGUGCACCGAGAGAUCUAAACAACGAUGCCAAUAUCAUAGUCUUGCCGACAGAAAAGGCAAUAGCGACAGUGGUUCUCAAUGUUGCCGAUUAUCAUAGCUUUGGAUCUGCAAACGUAUAAAAGCCUCUCUCGUGACUCGACGGCCAAAAUAUUAAAACAAACCAUUCGUUUGAUAAAAACAUCAACACUCGAUUAAAAGGCAAAAAUGAGGAUAUGCAAAACAGAAGCACUACCUUUUAGGUUGUAUGUAUUACCAAAGAUCCACAAAACUGACAUUCCGUUACGACCGAUAAUCAGUACGAUUGGAUCUCCGACAUAUGAAUUGACUGACUCUUACGUACGGGGUUCGGGACAAUUUAUUAAAAUAAUCGAGAACAUUGUGCCAACCAACGGACAUGUUAGUCAGUUUUGCCCUGGUUUCUCUGUUCAAAAAAAUACCACUACACGAAACCGUCACUAAGAUAGAAGAAAUAUUUCCGUCGGACGACCACGUACUUUCAGUGGAACAAUUUGUUCUUCGAGCAAACAGGCGGAGUCGCUAUGGGGAGCCCCAUUAACCCAGUUGUUGUCAAUUUUUAUAUGGAAAGCUUCAUAGAAACGGCACUAAGAACUGCUGGAUGUGGAUGUGGUAAACCGAGACGAUAACCUAAGGUUGGGACAUAGAGUUUGCCGAAAAGCUACUCACACGGACCGCUACCAUCCAAAACAAAGGAGAGAAGUAUUAAAACACUAGUCGACAGGGCAACUAGAAUAUCCGAUCCACAAUAUUUGUCAGAGGAAUUAGGACAUUUAGAGAGAGCGCUUCACGCAAAUGGCUACAAAACCAACGAGAUACAACGGGCCAUAAGACCGAAGAAACAAAAUAGACCUAACCAAGAAACGUCUCCAGACCUUUGGUUUUCCUCCCAUAUAUCGGAAGAGUAACGGACCGUAUCGGCAAAAUAAUGGCGAGACAUAACAUAAAGUUAAUUUUUAAACCCGAAAAUACAACAAUACUUAAGAUCGGCCAAAGAUCCCCGAAAACCGCUGUUUUCGGCCGGGGUAUACAGAAUCCCAUGUUCAUGCGGACACGUGUAUUGGAACAACAAAACGCACCAUAUGUACGCGCUUGACUGAACACAAAAGAUCCUGUCGCUUGGGACAAAUAGAAAAAUCGGCGGUGGCAGAACACAUGUUUAUUAAUGGCGAUCACAACAUCAAAUUCGACAACACCGAAGUUCUGUCUACGGAGAAACAUUACCACGCAAAACUACAUCGAGAAGAAAUUGAAAUACACAAAACACAAAAACAAUUUCAACAAACUUGAAGAGGGGUUACAAGUAAACAAAAUAUGGCGUCCUGCAAAAAACGCAAACAAAAUCUUAUACUAACAACACGGCGGGGGGCCCGGACGCUCAAACGACCGUUCAGUCCGCCGUCCAUCCGAGAGGUUCGAACGUUCCACUGAAGAUGGCUGCUGCAGUAGCAGCUGAAAGCUUUGGUAGCAAAACCAAUGCACCACGGCCUAAUAGCUCGGAAAAUCUCACAGAUUACGGUAUUAUUAAGUUGGGAACCCACUAAUUUUUUAAAAAAAGAUCCACUCGCUUACAUUAUAAAUAAAUGUUUAGACAGACAAUCUGAAUCGGCCCAAGGGGGUUCCGAUAUAUAAAAAAGGUUAAAUAAUUACAGACCUUUUUCCAUUUUGCCCGUAAGUGGAGAUUUAUUCCCGAUACUCCGGACAGAAGAGGCCAGUGUGUUUUUCUAGUUGUCCAAGGCUUUUGAUACCACCAACUGUUUUUCUCCAAGUUUGAGUUGAAUCCCCUAUUAUUCAUUGUUUAUGUUAAGGUUAGAGAAUCACGCAAUACGCGAAUGAUACUGCAUCGACUAUAAGUUUUACAACAGUUGACGAAUUAUCAAGUAAAUAUAGCAAAAGUGCACCGUAGAUACGAAAAAAAAAACGGGAGUGAAAACAAUAACAGAUACUAAGGCGCAUGCUAAAUCUGCCUUUUGCAAGACCAUGUUGCGGUCAUUUUUAAAAAAAAUCGAAUAAUAUUCAUAUGGUGUCUAUCAGAGGACGGAGUAAUCUUUUCAAUGCCAGCGAUGUCUCCAUUUCAUAUGAAAAAACACCAUCAAAAUACAAAAUCAGAAGAUUAUUUUCUAAAUAAUUGUUUUUGUAGCAUAGAAGAAUAAAGGAUAAUAGCGUUCAAAGAAUUUAUAUUAUUUUUUUAUUGUAAACGUUUUUUUUGUCUGGAAUUAACCAACCAUUGUAAGUUUUGCCCUACUAUCUUUCGUUUUAUGUUACUAUACGGGGUGAAAUAUGUGUGUUGUCGCCAAAUGUUAUAUACUUUUUUAUUGUUCCUUUCGACAAUGUUAAUAUCCUCUGUGUAGGAUUAUAUAAUAAAGAAUUUCAGUUUCUAUUUUCAUUUUAUUUCUAAUGCUUGGUAGUAUAGCAACGUUUGCUGUAUUCUGAACAACUAACAUGGCUGCUGGCAGAUCGUCGAUCAGUCGAUCAAUUUUUAUCGUAGUAGUUCCACUAAGAACUGCUUCAUUUUCUGUUGAAUCGACAGGAGAAGUACCAACAGGCAAGUUGGUCUAGGUGGUGCCGUCGCAGUGAGAGUAAAAAAACUCAAAGCGGAAAUCAACAACCACAGACUAGUAUUCUGGAAUAAUGAUUCAAACGUUUUACAAUAACGAUUCGUGGCACUAAACAGUUAUGGGAAAAACUUUCCUCUGUAAGGCCUCAAUCCAGGAGAUUCAAUUCUGAUUGAAAUGAGAAUUUUUUCGAGGAAUCACACACCCGUACAAUUUGAACCGGCAUUCAGAAAAUUAUUUCGCCAGCAUUACUUCCUUCCAAAUUUAAAUUUUAAAGAUGAUUUAUUGUGAGGAAUUGUAGAUAAGAUAAAUGCAGAUAAGAAACACCAAUUUAUAAAGUAUGCGGUAAUAUUACAUUUCUUUUAUGAUUGCGUACCUAUUAUUGAAUUGAAAUAAGAAAAAC